GUGCUUGUGGGCAGGUCUACAAAUUAGACGUCAAGAAAAGUAUAAAUACAAAUACCAUUUCUUGUUCAAAAUUCUACGAAACUGUAAAAGGAACGGUGUUUCUGGCAUCUGAGAACAUUGGAGAAGUUGUUUUGUUCUCAGUUAAGCAAGCUAAAUGCACUAGUCUACAAGUGAGCUAUGGCACGUACCAAGCAAACCGCCCGUAAAUCCACUGGUGGAAAAGCACCCAGGAAACAACUGGCCACCAAGGCUGCAAGGAAAAGUGCGCCAUCUACUGGCGGUGUGAAGAAACCUCACCGAUACAGGCCGGGUACAGUGGCUCUGAGAGAGAUUCGUCGGUACCAGAAAUCCACUGAGCUGCUGAUCAGAAAACUGCCUUUUCAGCGGCUGGUCCGUGAGAUUGCCCAGGACUUCAAGACAGACCUCCGCUUCCAGAGUGCUGCCAUUGGUGCUCUGCAGGAAGCCAGUGAGGCAUACCUUGUUGGCCUGUUUGAGGACACCAACCUAUGUGCCAUCCAUGCCAAGAGGGUCACCAUCAUGCCCAAAGACAUCCAGCUGGCCAGGCGAAUCCGAGGCGAGCGUGCAUAAUAUGAACACUUUGAACUCUUGAAGGGAAGGUGGGUUGGCUUGGCUGGGGUGUUCAACCAUAAAUUACUAUGCUGGACAAAAAUGUAUAAAUGCAACAAUUUCAUUGUUUUUACUGAGUUCAUAAGGCAAUCAGUCAAUUGAAAUGCAUUCAUUAGGCCCUAAUCUAUAGAUUUCACAUGACUGAGUACAGGUAUGGAUCUGUUGGUCACAUUGUUUCUAUUGUCUAGCUUAUGGCUGCCCAUACAUAACCCCUCCAUGGCCCUCUCUGUUCACAACAUGGACAUCAGCAAUGGUUGAGGCCGGUUAGAUGUGCUGCCAAAUUCUCUUAAAUAAUGUUGGAUGAGGCUUAUCUUAGAGAAAUCGUCAUUCAAUUCUCUGGCAAUAGCUCUGGUCGACAUUCCUGCAGUCAGAAUGCCAUUUUCAUGCUCGCCCAACUUGCAACAUCUGGCAUUGACAACUGCGUAUUUUAGAUUGGCCUUUGUCCCCAGCACAAGGUGCCCCUGUGUAAUGAUCAUGCUGUUUAAUCAGCUUCUUGAGAUGCCACACCUGUCAGGUGCAUGGAUUACCUUGGAAGAUGAGAAAUGCUCACUAAUGGGGAUGUAAAACAAUUUGUGCAAAAAGUAUAAGAUUUUUGUGUAAAAUAUCUGGGUUAUUUUCUUUCAGCUCAUACUUGGGACCAAAUUGUUAUUUGUUCAGUGUAUGUAGUUUUUGUAUAGUUUCAUUAGUAUAAUAAAAACUUGGUUUAUAGUACAUGAGUAGCAAGUUUCAUGCAAAAAAAAACAUUUAAUCUUUUCUCUCAGGUUUUGAAACUUUUUUAAAUUGUUAGUUUAUACUUUUAGGUCAUAAUGUAGUAUGCAUAUCACGUUGUGGCCAUUUGUUGUAAAUAAACUUUCCACUACUUAACUUGGA